AUGGGAUACACUGACCCUUCGUCAAGCAGGGAUUUGCUGGGAAACAGAACUUUGUUCUUCAUAUUCAUUUGCGCCUUUGCCGUGGUCACCUUGCUGCAGCAGAUCCUCUAUGGGAGAAACUAUCUCAAAAGGUAUUUUGAGUUUUAUGAAGGGCCUUUGGAGUACAACUCUACCAAAUGCCUGGAAUUACGGCAGGACAUCAUUGAGGUGAAGGUUUUGUCUAUGGUGAAACAAACGGAAUUGUUUGACAGAUGGAAGAGCCUACAGAUGUGCAAAUGGGAGAUGAAUAUCACAGAAGCUAAUUUAUUCAAGUCUACUUUGUCGAGGUGUUGCAAUGCCCCUGCCUUUCUGUUCACCACCCAGAAAAAUACUCCCUUGGGAACUAAACUGAAAUAUGAAGUGGAUACUAGUGGAAUCUUCCAUAUCAACCAAGAAAUCUUCAAAAUGUUUCCAAAGGAUAUGCCGUACCACCGCUCCCAGUUUAAGAAAUGUGCAGUGGUCGGGAACGGAGGAAUUCUGAAGAACAGCAGAUGUGGCCGGGAGAUUGACAGUGCAGACUUCGUGUUUCGAUGCAAUUUGCCUCCUAUAUCUGAGAAAUACUUCACGGACGUUGGGGUAAAGACGGAUGUCGUGACUGUCAAUCCCAGUAUAAUUACUGAGAGAUUUCAUAAGCUGGAAAAAUGGAGGAAACCCUUCUAUGACGUGCUCCAGGUCUACGAGAACGCUUCCGUGCUGCUGCCAGCUUUCUACAACACUCGCAACACGGACGUCUCAAUCCGGGUCAAAUAUGUCCUGGAUGAUUUUGAAUCUCAGCAAGCUGUUUAUUAUUUUCAUCCCCAGUAUCUCAUCAACGUCUCACGCUACUGGCUCGGCCAAGGGGUGCGGGCCAAGCGGAUUAGCACUGGACUGAUCCUGGUGACUGCUGCCCUGGAGCUCUGCGAAGAAGUCCACCUUUUUGGCUUUUGGGCCUUCCCCAUGAACCCCUCAGGGAUUUUUAUAACUCACCACUACUAUGACAAUGUGAAACCUCGCCCUGGUUUUCAUGCUAUGCCCUCAGAAAUCUUCAACUUCCUCCACAUGCACAGCAAGGGGAUCCUGCGGGUUCAUACAGGGACCUGUAGCUGCUGUUGACAGGGACACUCCUUCCUCUGACGCAAAAGUGUAACAGGAACUCGAUGCCUGUGUAUGGUGUAGGAGGUUUUAUUACACCCUGAGAUUAUGCAAUAAUUGUUUGAUAUAAAUUUCCUCAAGGUAUUGCAUCCCAUAAGAUCUAGGAUACCAGCAUCUUUCCUGCUAGCAGAGUUGGGUCCGUAACAGCGUGGGAGAAGCAAAACUCCUCUGUCC